AAUAUAAGAAACAUUAAAAAAGAGUUUAAGGUUAUUUUUUCUUAAAAAUAAUACUAUAUAAUAAAUUUCGUUUUAUAAAAUUAAAAAACAUGUUUAAAAAAAAUAUUUUAUAUGAGUUUUUCUUAUUUUGGUAUUUAAAUCAAGUUUUAGUUGUAUAUUGUGAUACUCAAAGUGAAGAUUUUAAAAAAUACGUGAUUAACUCAUUAAACCACAUUCGUGUUCAAAAUGGAUGGGACUCAAUUCAACAAACAGAAAUUAAACUUGAGAACUUCACAAUUAACACCAAAAGCGUCACAAGUGAAAUUAUCGAUGAAAAUAACUUUAUUCAAAAACUCUACCAUAUAACAUCUCUAUUAAAUUGUGAAUAUAGUAAUAUAAUGCAAACUUUCAAUGUAAUUUUAAACCUUGUUUUAAAUAAGUGUAAAGUUAAUUAUGUAAAUAAACAAUAUGACGCAUUGAUAUAUUGUACUGAGCAAAUUAUUGAUAUUUUUAAAUAUUCAAUAAAUAUGUUUCAAAUAAUGUUGAAAACAGCAAAAUAUCUCGAGAACAUCGACCUACGAAUUAUAGACUCUACAACUUUUAAUAUUAAAACUGUAGAUUAUGAAAUAAAUUAUUUUUAUGAAUACGCAAGGGAUUUAAAAUAUCCCCCGAAAUUUAUGAUAUAUAAUACUGUUGUCACUAGUUAUGAAAAUAUAAAAUGUUUUUAUAAUAAAACUAAAUUAAUGUUAUCAAAUCUUUAUAAAAAUAAAAAAGUUUGUGGGACAGAAUAUAAAAGUUCUAUUUCAACCAAUUUAUUGAUAAAAUAUAACAUCGAUCAAAUGGAAAAACUAAUAGAGGACUCAGACGAUUAUAUUAAUGAUAUUCAUAAAGAUCUUGAAUUAUAUAAAUCCAGAAUAAUUGAAAAUUGUAUUUCAAAACUAGGAUUUGAACAACUAGACGGAACAAAUACAUUCAAGUAUAUUCAUUCCAAAUAUAAAAUAUAUGGCCUUUAUGAUGGCAUUGCAUUGUGUAAUCAUUUUCUUUCUUGCAACGGUUGGAAAUCAUUAAAACAUAUAGCUGUUAAAACUGAUUUUACAAAUGAAAAUUUAGUAUAUUUUAAAGACAUCACAGAAACAGUUGAUACGAUAAAUUAUUAUUUUGUGCGGUCAUGUCUUUCACUUAUUUUAAGAUGUCGCUAUAUUGAAAUACUUCGUAAUUUUAAUGUAAUGUUGGGACAAAUAAUUAAUGUUUGUAAAUAUGAAAAUAAAAUUAAUUGUGCGGUUAAGCUUUAUAAAACACUAAUGACAUCCGAUGAUAUGUUUAAAAAAAUGUUAACUGCUCUGACUACUUUAAGAUACUACAAAAAGAAUAAAAAUUAUCGACAUCAAGAAGUGCUCAUAGAGAAACUGUUAGAAUUUUUUAUUGAUUUUUUGAAUGACGUUGGAAAAAAGUAUUUUUCCUCAUUGAUAUUUACUAAUGAUGGACUUUAUGAUGCUCAAUCAUUCCUUGAACACCUAGAACACGUUCAUGCUUUUGCUUUACAGAGAAAAUUUUAUGACGUAAAUCAAUAUAACAUGAAAUAUUGCAAAAUUAUAAAUUGUGAAACAGACAUAAUUACAACAUUUCUACAAUUGAUUCAAACCAAUACCUUAACAGAAUAUAGUAUUAUUCAUCAUGAUAUGUGUGAUUAUUUGGAAUCAUUUGUUCUAAAGGUUGUGAAAAAUGAUUAUGAGUAUUUAGGUUUUAAUGAUUUGCCUUGUAAGAAUUGACAAUUAUUCAAGACUCAAUAAUAUAUUGCAAAUAUGUUAUUAUAAAAUAAUUAAUUUUUCCUAAAAAUAUUUGUAAUACGACAAAAAGUUCGCUCUUAUUUUUGUUUAUUUGUAUAUUGUGUUAAUAUUUUACUUUGGUUGAGCCAAUUUUGGAGCAUAUAACCGCCGUGCUUUAUCAGUAAUACUGUGUUUGAAGGUCGGUGGAUACCCAAAUACAUUAAUCGUAUUCUCUAAUUACAAAAGUAUUAGGCAUAAUAAUAUUUUUUUAUAUAAGUCUUCCUUUUUUUCUCUGUCUCUCUAUUAUUUCUGUUUCCUUUUUAAUUAUUUAAAAAAAUAUAUAUAACUUUCAGAAUAUUUAGAGAUUAAUUCUAUUUAAUUUAGUUGCUUAUUGUUGUUUGUAUCACUAGGUCAUUUUCCAAAAUGCCAAAAAAAAUUUUAAGUAAAUUAAAAAUUUAAUUGCACAGUAGUUAAUUAUCUAAUAAUAUACUUAAUCUUUAUUGUUAGUAAAUGAUUAAAAACAGAACAGAUAUAUAUGAAUAUUAAACUUAUUAAUUUUGAACUAAAAAAUAAUGUAAUAUAAUAAAAACCCAGCACAGUGGGAUCGUGGCAUAGUGGAGACGUGGCAUAGUUGGGUCCAGUAUAGAUUUAAUCUGACAGUGAUUAAAAUCACUAUCAUAAGAAACGCUUCGAUGCAAAUCUGUAGAUAGUGUUUAAUUUUUAAA